CUCCUCGUUCUGCUGUUCUCGGGGCUUACAUCGGAGCGGACAUUUUGCUGGACAUUCGGUGGUCGAUUCUCUCCUACUUCUCACUGGUUACUUAUCUCACGGUACCUACUCGAGGAUCAUACCAUAAAGAUGGCUUCCGCAAACGACUCCAAAUGGCAGAAAGACGCCGCCGACCAGAACUUCGACUACAUGUUCAAGCUGCUCAUCAUCGGCAACAGCAGCGUGGGAAAGACGUCCUUCCUGUUCCGGUACGCGGACGACUCCUUCACUUCCGCCUUCGUCUCCACGGUGGGCAUCGACUUUAAGGUCAAGACGGUCUUCAGACAGGACAAGCGGGUCAAGCUGCAGAUCUGGG